UAACAUAUUCAGGAUUCAACAUGAGGAUUAGAUGAGUUAAUAUGAGUUAGCGGACGCGCAAGCUCGGUAUGAAAAAUAAAGCGCUCAGCUAGGACGAGCGGCGGGGACGUCUGCUAGCUCAUAUUAACUCAUCGAAUCCUCAUGUUGAGUCCUGAACAUGUUAAAAUUUAACUCUCAUCUAAUUUCAGACACCACAAUAACCAAUUUUAGCUAAAAUAGUGAGCCGCCAGCAACCCAUACACAGCCGUGGAGGGAGGGAUGGAUCGGUGGAUGCAGGUGGAUGGGUGCGGUUUGACGCACCCCCUGCAUUUUUAAUCCCAUCCCUUCCCCGAGCCGCUCCACUUUUUCACCAACCUUUCCCUGCUUAGUUACUGGCCGCAUUAACGCCGUUGCUCUCCUGCCAACAUAGGCCUAUAGGCCUCGGCAACGUUCUCAGAGAGUUUCCUCCAGUCUCUAGUGCAAGUUAUCAGGUAAGUCGUGUCCUGCGGCCGUCUGAUGUGUCUGGAUUUAUGGGUCAUUGCUGCGAGUCGUGGGGAACAAAAGUGGCCAACUUUCAUGUAGCUCUGCGGCCAAGGCCGGGGGCGCCGGGGCAAGGAGUUAGCAACAUAACCUCCCAGGUUAUACAGUUAAGCGCGGAAGAUGCGGACUUCCGCGCGGCUCGGGCGGAACUUACGCACGCAUGCGGAACUUUGCGGAACUUUGCUUAUUUAGCCCAGAAACGGGUGAACACUUGUAUUUUUGGAAAGGGGGAGGAGCAAGGAGUAAUAUUCUGCAAAAAUUUGGUUAAUUCAAAGGCAAAGAACGGUGCUGGGAAACUUAUAACGACUGUUGGCCCUAUUUGCCCGGUCUAGACUACAAGCGCGCUCUAUCGACGGUGUCGAAACCUUGUAUCAAAACAAAAACAAACCACUCAUCGUUUAAUGAUUACUCUUUCUCUGAUAAAUUUUAUUGACUUUAUGAUGGAUGCGUUAUUUGAUGAGUUUUUGCACCACCUCGACCAUUUUGUUCACAUUUUAGAGGUUGAGUACGAGCUCAUAGCUGAAAUAUUGUUAGAUUUUGAUGACGAGGAGUUGGAUGAAAAUGAAGAACUUCAAGGUAACAUGGGUAAUAUGUAUGGCCAAUUAGCAGAACGUUUUGAGGCUGUGUUUGGCAACGUCUUACUUGAAGAGAUGGCGUUCACUGAAGACGAGGAAGACUUAGUCCUAGAUGUUUUUUAUGGUUGUAAUGACAGGGUAAUCGACUGGAGAGCAAGAUUACCCCAAAUGGAAUACUUAAGAACCCUGGAAGAUCCCUAUUUUUUGAAGCACUUUCGUAUGGACCGGGAAACAUUUGAGGUGCUGCUUGUCGUAAUAGGCAACCACCUGGUUGAUAAUAAUCAACUUAUUCGGCUAAGAACUGAGAUGGAUAAGUGUAUUUUGAUGGUCCUCUGGAUACUCUCAAAUAUGGACACUUUCCGUAGCACUGGUGUUACCUUUGGAGUAUCUCCCGGAACUGUGCAUUGUCACUACAUUGUGGUGAUCCAAGCCCUCAGGGAGUUAGCCACGAGGUACAUCAAAUGGCCAUCACAAGAAGAACGCCGUAGAAUGAAGGAGAUGAUGGAGCAACGGACUGGGUUUCCAGGUGUUGUGGGUUACAUUGAUGGGACUCUUAUAAGAAUUACCGCUCCAGAAAUUCUUCCUUGAGAAUGUCGAUUGAAAGAGCAUUUGGUAGACUGAAGGGGAAAUUCCGGCGCCUAAUAAAGCUGUACACUAAACGAUAUGUGUUCUGUUUGGACCAUGUCAUGGCCUGCUUCGUCCUUCACAAUUUUAUUAUUUUAAGAGGAAGAGACAUGGAUGGUAUUUGCAUUAUGCAGGCGAUUGCUCCCAAUCAUGAAGUAGACAUGGCAGUACUAGAAGAACAUGAUGAAGAUGACUCUCAAGCUCACCCACAAGGAGUACCUGCACAUGCUCAGCAUCCCCUCCUAGCACAGUCGAAGGUAGCAGGUGUCAAUAAAAGGGAAGUCAUUGCUGAUAAUCUGUUCAAUAUUUUUAACGAAUUGUAAUAAGUUAUUUUACUAUCCUUCAUUACUCUGUGAUCUCAACUAAUUUUAAAUGGAUACUGUUGACUUUUAAUUGCCUGUAACUGUUACUAUGUGUUCAUUUAAAAAAUGAAUGUAUUUACUGGGUUUGUAGCCCGCCCUUCUGCUUUGAAAAAGCUAUCUAGUUUUAAAUCAUUUUUCAAAUAACUGAAGUUGCAGGCGUUUAAUUUGUAUUAACUUUAGCUUCCACCAGACCAUAUCACUCACUCACAGGUAGCCAAAGAAUAUUUUUCUAUGUUGUGUUGUGAAAGAUACUUAUGUUCUGAUUAAUCUGCAGAAAAUUAAUUGAGCUACAUGUUUACAUCCAAUAUUAUUUACUUUCUAGUCUCUCUUUCUGUCAAAAUUAAAUUGUCACUUGUGAAUAUUGCACUUUUAAAUCAUUAUUAAUUCAGUUUUGAUGUUUGGGUGAGUUAAAAAUCAAUAAAUGCAGUAAAUUGAUUUACCUUAA